CAGGUCACAUCGACCUAAGGCUACUUUCGAUUUCAUUUUCUGAAAACACAUUUAGUUUAAACAUGCAUGGAUCAAUGUGACACGUAUUCAAGAGAUUCAGAAGAGGAACACAGAUAACACAGAAAGUUUCAACAUGCCUGGUGGAUUCGAACUCACAACUGAGGCGAAACGAUUUUUGAAAUUCAUGCGCGACAAAAAUGUCGAAGACAACAUCUUCAAACGAGACGAGGUGCGAACGCUAUACAAUGAAGAAUUCAAGCGAAGUCGACCAACGGAAUAUCGAAUUGCGUUCGGUCAAAUGAUGAGAACAAUGACUGACUUAAAGGAAGUUCAGGAGUUGGGCGACUUUUACGUAUUUGGGAAAGAUAUACAAGUUCUAUAUGAGAGAAUGAAGAGUGAUACAGAUUUUUCGAAGAAGUUGGAAGAAUGGAAGAGGAAAGCAAGGGAAAAUCCGUUCUUUUGUGAGACAUGUGGGAUUGAGUGUACGUCUGAGAAAUCACUUGUAGAACACCAGUUAGGCAGCAGACACCGAAUCCAUAAACUGCAUGUUGACAUUUACCUUCAAAGGGACUUGAAUAUCGCAAUUCCAAAAGGCCUGAAAAUAAACAGCCAACCAGCUGUGGACAAAAAUGGAUUUAUGCAGGUAGAUUGCAAAGCCGGAGAGGAGUGUAGAAUGAGGAUUGAGAUCGAAUGCACAAUGGAUGAUGCCGAUGUGGUCUUCCAGAAACACAUCUUUCUGUGGGACACUGGUGUUUUCACAAUGUACAAAGGCGGCAGCCGACGAGGACAACGGUGGAAGGACCUGCAUAUCCGGAAAGGAGAAAUAAGGACAUUUGAAAUCCAAUGCAAAGCUCCAAAAGACUUCGGACACCAUUAUGUACCUUUGGCGUUAUAUUUUGUGAAGAAGGAUUCUUCUUCACGAGCUUUGAUAGAGAAGGAAGAAGAAGGGGCAUGGGCCCAGGACUAUGUGCUGCGAUUUGUGUCCCUUCAUGUUUUAGGGGACCUUCAUGAAGCUUUGGCGCCAACGUCGGAGUUUAGGAAACCAGAAAGAAUCCGACAGAAAAAGUUUGAGGACACAGAACCAGGGGAACCACUUCCCGAGCCUGCAAAAAACGGUUUAGCUGGCAAGUUGAAGCCGUAUCCUAUCCCAAAGCAUCUGUAUGGAUAUGUGAACAAAGGAAUGACACCUAAAGCCGAGAGAAUGGGAAGUCUAGAUGACAUUUCAUUGACAAUAAACUCGGAAUAUCUAAGCAAAGUUUUAUGUACGACAACUCCAAGAAUCUAUUCGACAAAGUUUCACCACCUGCUGUGGAUUGAAGAAAUACAAAUGAAGACAGAUAUUCAGAAGUAUGACUUAAACGGUGUCACGAUGGAUUGUGACAAAGGAAAAAUGAUUCUUAAGGUACCAGGACUUGCCGAAAGGCGGCCAUCCAUUUUGCGAGGAGAUCGCAUAUAUAUCAGCAUCUCGGAUAAUCAUCCCGACGAUCACAUUGUGGUUUACUUCAGAGAUAUGCAUCUUAAUGCGGAUCAUCAACCUAAAAAAAGAAUUCGUUACGAAGGGAUCGUUCAUAAAGUUGAGCUAGACCAUGUUCUAUUAGGAGUUUCGCGCAAGUUGAGAGAUAAUUGGUUGAAAGGCAAGCGAUAUGAUGUGGAAUUUUCCGUAUCUCCAUCAAACAUGUGGGUCCAGCACCGUGCAAUCGAGAGUUCAUGCCACUUUAAUGAUCUUCUGUUUCCGUCCGAAGACGCAAUCCAUGGUGAUACAACAGUCGUCGUGCUUAAGCCAUGGUUCAACAUUAAGCUCAAUCCCGAACAGCAGACGGCCGUGAGGAACAUUGUACAGGGAACCAGUCGUCCUGCUCCGUACAUCAUCUUUGGUCCACCGGGAACCGGUAAAACUGUAACGGUCACUGAAGCCAUCAUACAGCUGUACGUUGGCCAAAAAAACAGUCGUAUACUCGUCUGCUGUCCAGAAAACACCGCUGCUGAUUUUCUUAUGCGGAAACUUAUGAAGGCAGGACCAAUCUUGAAAAAGGAUAUCUUCAGGAUGUAUGCCAUUUCGCGGGCUCGUGCAACUGUGCAUCUGGAUAUCUGGGAAUCUGGUCAACACAACUAUGAUGAAGAAAACGACUGCUUUCUGUACCCGAAAGUCGGGGAUCUGACAAACUACAGAAUACUUGUGGUUACGCUCAUGUCCUGUGGAAGGCUGGUAACAGGAAAGUUUCCGAAGAACCACUUUACGCAUAUCUUCAUUGAUGAAGGCGGUCACGCGGUUGAACCUGAAUGCAUCGUGCCAAUAACGGGACUUAUGGAUCCGACAGAUAAAUCUGGACGUGCACAGUUGGUGAUUGCUGGAGAUCCCAAACAACUAGGGCCGAUCAUUCGUGCUUCAAUUGCCCUUAACUUUGGUUUGCCUAUGUCUCUAAUGGAGAGACUGAUGAAUACUAUCGAGAUGUACAAAACCAAGCCGUAUGAUGAACGCUACAUCACCAAACUUAUCUGCAACUACCGGUCACAUGACAGCAUUCUGGCAGUACCACGUUCUCUCUUCUACGACAAUGAGCUACACUCUUGUGGUGACGAAAUGAUAUUAAACUCCUUGUUAGGCUGGGAAAGGUUGCCAAACAAGGAAUUUCCCAUCAUAUUUCAUGCUGUUAUGGGGUUAGACGAAAGAGAGGGUAAUAGCCCCUCUUGGUUCAAUAGGGAUGAAGUAGCUCAAAUUGAGGCAUAUCUUGAUUCACUGCUUGAAGAAAAGAAAGGACAGAAAAUAAAACCCUCAGACAUUGGGAUUAUCUCUCCAUACAGAAAACAGGUCGACAAGAUACGACUAAUGUUGACGUCUAAGACAUCGUCUAGGAAACAGGCUAAGAAACAGACACAGGACAGAAGUAAAAUAGCUGUUGGUUCAGUCGAAGAAUUUCAAGGUCAAGAGUUCAAUAUUAUUAUCAUCUCCUCAGUACGUAGCAAUAGGGAUUCAUCGUAUACAGAGAUGGACAUCAUAUACAACCUUGGAUUCCUACGCAACCCAAAGCGGUUCAACGUGGCUGUGACUCGUGCUCGCUCUCUCCUGAUUGUGAUCGGAAACCCCAUUACUCUGGAGCAGGACCGUAAUUGGAAGGCGUUUAUUGACCACUGUGAUAGGAACAACGCAAUCAUUGGUCAGAAAGGGAAGCUGCCGCCUGAUCACGGGCUUAAAGCAAACACCACCACCUUCUCAAUUGUCCCAGAUGACAAUCCAAGUUUGAGGGCACAGACUGAAGACCCUGCCUGGGAGCGGCGGGAUUAGUUUAUUGGUUUGUCCAAUUCAAGAAUUUCAUUGUACAAGUUAUCGUCAGUGACGAGUAUUUGUAACCAGUAACAGCAUUAUGUUCAUUACUGAGGUUACGUUUGAUACAAGCGAUUGUAAUUAUUGGUACGAACCAAAUGUAAGAGAACCUGUUUUAAAUGGGAUCAAAGAAAAUAUGUUGAUUAUAUUUUUCAUGGAAAAAAAAACAACAACUAACCAAAGUUUCUGUUUAACCUAGCGAUAAUAUAGGCAACGGAUAUAUUGAGAGCCUAUCAAAUGAUGCAAAGGGUCUUAAUCAAGGGAAUGUUAUUGCUGUUGAUUGAAUCCUAUAUUUUUUAUACAAGAAAAUUAUAGGAACUUAUUUUCCAAAUGAUAGCGAUUUGUGUGUGCACCAUUUUGUAUUUAGACACAUUAACUGAAAAUCACAUAUCAUUUAAUUCUUGAUGCCAUUUAAAUUUGCCAAUAGUGGAUAGCUUUUCCAUGGGCUAUAAAAUCGUGAAAGUAUUUUUUCGGCGUAAGCUGUAUUAAGCCAGCUUUUCACCCUGACUUGACCUUUGUAAGUGUCCAAUAAUAUUCAAAUAAAAUUUCCCGCGGCUAGGUACGAAUGAAUACACUUCAUUUAUUCCAUUGGCUGAUUUGAGUGUAACACCAGAACAUUGGAA